ACGCACCUUUAAAAUAAAGAAGAAGGGCUACCCAUAGGGGCUACCUAUAUGUCGGGGCAGAUAGUGCGGGAAAUACCUCUCGUGUUGGUUAAAAAUAGUUAAAACGUGCGACCCUUUGUUCGCCUGUUUUUUUUCUAACAUCACUACAGAUAGAGCCAGGGUUGUUUAUUAGUUCACAUAACGGUUUGACCGUUUUGACCUGUUUGUUAGCUAGUUUAGCUUCAGGUGCUACAAACACGUGACACAAGUGGUUUGUAUUUUCCUAGGUCAGCUGAUGCUUUUAUAUCAUGAAUGUUGAUGAGAAGGACGGAUCUGGUGUUUACCAACGGGUUGUCCUGAAGAACAGCUCACCUUACCACUACUUGAAAGUCUGCCUUGUUCUUGAGGAUGAGCUCACCAGACUGAGUGCAGUAGAACUGAAGCACUUCAUCAUCACAGGCCUGAAAAACCUUUAUGGAGAGGUGGGAGCAGCUUUAUCUUUUGACCUGUUGAAGUAUGACGAAGACACCCUCACUGCACUUUUGCGUGUUUACAGCAGGGGUUUGGUGAAGCUGUGGAGCUCCCUGACUCUGCUGGGUUCCUACCAGAACCAGGCCUGUGCCUUCAGAGUGCUGCAGGUGUCUCCGUUCCUGCUGGCACUGACGGGAAACAGUCGAGAGCUGCACCUGGACUGAAGGAGGAGUGUUGUUUCCAGGAUGAAUUUAAUAUGGAGGCGUGUCUUUAACCAACCGCUGCUCUGCCUCUCUACUGUCACAGC